GACUGUGAUCAUUGUACCCAUGGCUUUAAUAAGAUAAAGUACUGUGUAUUAUACUUUCAUUUACAUGUACGUUGUAGAGCUGAAGGCUAUCUCACACGUUAUUCCGCUAUUAAUUAUACUAUUCCGUAACUCCUCACAUGCAGUGCACGUGACGUGCUUACCAUCGAAGAUCGAACAAAAAUCACAGGCAGGUAUUCAAAGCUGCCGUAACUAACUUCCAACAGAACCAACGCUAAGUCCAGUUCUUGCUGUGGUCGAGAAAAUAGGUUCUUCCAUGGAUCUACAUGUACCGCCAAAUCUACAACGCAAAUGGGUCUGGAGCGGACACCGACCAGGCCCGCAGCACGCCGUUGGAGAUUUGGUGGUGAUGACUUACAACAUUCUGAACAAGGCCUUUUGUCCGGAGGGGAUCUACCCGUCCUGUCCGGACGAAUUGCUGACUACUGGUCGGAGACACCCUCUGCUUAUGAAGGAGAUUGACCAUCACAAGGAUGCAGAUGUUAUCUGCAUGCAAGAGGUUAACUCUCGAUACUACGACGAUGUCCUUAGGCAGGAUAUGCAGAGGAGAGGCUACGCCGGUUGUUACUUUAUGAGGCCAGAAGACGACACAGUUGAUAUCGACAAGGACAACACGGAUGGUAGUGCCACCUUCUACCGAGAUGACAGGUUUCAGUUAGUGAAGGAGGAGUGUGGUCAGUUUAAACACCUGUUUGAGAAGGAAAGUGAAAACUGUCAAUUGCCGGAGGAUGCGGCCGUUUCACUACCCAAUCUGAUAGACAGUUCUAGAGUGUAUAUUUUCACCCUUUUGCGUUGUUUGAAGACGAAGAGUCGUGUUGCAGUUGGAAACAUUCACACGAGCUUUGACUUCUUCACGAAGAUGGAUUUGACAACAUUGGAGAUUGCGUUUGCUAUAAACGGACUGGUUGAGUUCGCCGGUGGUGUUGGUACCCCGCACAUCCUAUGCGGCGACUUCAAUCAGGAACCACACCAUCCGGGGUACCAGCUUUUGCAUGAUGGGAGUUUAAACAAAACAAUGACAACGUACUUGCGCGACUUCAAGUCUGGAGAAAACGGGAAGGUGCCUUCGUUGGUGGAUGUAUUUCCUUCUUGUUUCAAGCACAACUCUAGGAACCUAAAGAGCGCUUAUGAAGCAAUUGUGGGACAUGACGUACCAUUCUCCAACUUCGAAGAUUCCUCGGCCUUCUUUAAUAUUCCCAAGAGGGACAAACUCAGUAAGGUCGUACAGGCAUUGUUUGAUGGAACACCAACGCAUCCUAAGGUCAGGAAAACUGACCCGGAAGCCUACGGAUCAGAGAAGUAUGUGUCAGCCCUGGACUACGUGUGGUACAGCUCUGACUCGUUGCAUUGCGAAGCCGUUCUCAAGAUGAUUGACGAAGACCUGAUUCUACCUCUCCAUGCCUGCCCUAAUGCCGUAUUCCCCUCCGACCACCUGCCCAUCAAAGCUAAGUUUGCCUUUCUGAAGUCUUCUGGAUCCCGUGAACCUGAGCUACAUUCAGCCUUGUAGUAUUCAACUUUGCUCCGUUAUAUUUUGUAUGCACGAUUGCAAACCAUGCAUACCGGUAGUAUACGCCUCGUGUAGAAUUUAACACGUUCCAUCCGCCUGUCGCGACAGUUGCAAACAACGAAUUUAGGACAGAAUUUUGCUCCCUGUAUGUUAUCAUCGGUGAGCAUUUUAAUAUCUUUAUUUUAUUCUACACAUUUGUAAGUGCUACAUGUAUGCAGCAACACUUCUAUUUGGAUAUAAACCUCACCAUCUUAACAUGGUUUUGACAUUAUAAGCUCUACCUAUAUUAAAGUAAGAGAAUUUGUAUUGCAUAAUGUUCAAAGGUAAACGGACAAUAUAAAGAGACCAUAAUAUUACUUAGAAAAUACCUUAUUUAGCCACAAAAACCAAUCUCAUUGUUCAAAAGAGUUUCUUAUUAGCGCCGAAUCCAUCUAAUUGCACUACCACUAUUUUCAUCUUUUGGCCCCUGAAAUAUUUCUACUAUAAUUUAGUAUUAGUUUUUUUUACAUCACAACAAACUUAAGCUUAAUUCGGCCAUUUGAAUCAGCCUCCUUAUACUGAUGUUUGGGAAUGUUCAGUCUUUUUAGUAAGGUCAACUUUUGCACAAACGGGUACAACAUGGAUUUCCAUUUUGUUUUUUAUUUAAUGCAAAUAUCUAUAUUAUUUGCAUUUUGGGGAACUAGAGAUCAUUGUCUUAAAAAUUAACGUUAUUCAUCAGGUGUACAUUUAAAUUACAAUAAGUGUUUUUAGAUGUGAUGAGUUUUUACAUCAAUCAAUUUCACUUGAGAAAAGGACAUGUUGUUUGUAAUUGAUGUAAGUUUUAUAUAUUUAUAUUCUUAUAUUUACUCGACUUGUAAUUUACUAAGUAUCUUAAUGAGCUGUCCAACCAUAUGUAAUUGCCUUUUUAAGGAUAAAUAAAGUAUUU